AUGGUUAUGGAAAAAUUUGGAUUUCAUAAAGUUAGUAAUUCCCCAACAUCACCAAGUCAACCUAAAAUCACUCAUAAUAGAGCGAUACCUAAUCCACAAACACCACCAUUACCACAACGACCAAUUGAAGAAGCAUCAUUUCGUAAACAAUUAUUAGUUGAUAAUGCUCCUGGUAAUGAUGUUGUUGUAGCUAAUUGUGUUGCUGUUAAUCCACAAGAUUUUCAUAAUGUUCCUGAUAGAUCUCCAGUUAUUUUAGAUGGAAUUUUUGUUUAUUCUAUAAGUAAAGAUGAUAGAACACGUCCUGGAACUAUUGGAUUAGCUGGAAAUAUGAGAACUUGGGGUAAAUGGUCAUUAGGACAACCUGUUAAUAUUGAAAAUUAUAAUAUUUUUCAUAAUGGUCAACAACAACAAUAUUUAGGAGCAAUUGAUUUACUGAUUGAUUUUAGAGCUAAAGCUAGAGCUAAUUCAAAUCCUAUUAAUCAUGAUGAAUUGGUUAAUUUAUUUUUGAAAAAUUAUGAAAAUCAAAUUUUACAACCUACUCAAGUUAUUUAUAUGGAAUAUAAUGGAGUUUAUUUUCAAAUUAGAAUCAAUAAUGUUCAAGUUAUUGAUGUUAAUACUAAAGAUCAAUUGCCAAGUUUUAAAGAUUCUGAUGAUGUUAAAACUAAAGGGAUCUUAAUUAAAUCUACCGACGUUGUAUUUUAUCCAUUUGAAGGUUCAAUUAUUAAUUUAACUAAAUCAAAAACUUUAAAACAAAGAAUGUUUGGUGGUAAUACUCCUCAUAGACCAAGUCGAAGAAAGCAAAUCAUCAAUCCUGAUUUCAAAUUAGAAGAUUUAGGUAUUGGUGGGUUAGAUUCUGAAUUUCAAGAUAUUUUCAGACGUGCUUUCAAUUCAAGAAUUUUGCCACCUGAAUUGGCUGAAAAAUUGGAUUAUAAACAUUGUAAAGGGUUGUUAUUGUAUGGUCCUCCAGGUACUGGUAAAACUUUAAUUGCCAGAAAAUUAUCUAAAAUGUUGAAUGGUAAAGAACCUAAAAUUGUUAAUGGUCCAGAAAUGUUGAGUAAAUAUGUUGGUGCUUCUGAAGAAAAUAUUCGUAAUUUAUUCAAAGAUGCCGAAGCAGAAUAUAAAUUAAAAGGUGAAGAUUCUGAUUUACAUGUUAUUAUUUUUGAUGAAUUGGAUUCUGUUUUCAAACAAAGAGGGUCAGGUAAAUCUGAUGGAACUGGUGUUGGUGAUAAUGUUGUCAAUCAAUUAUUAUCCAAAAUGGAUGGUGUUGAUCAAUUGAAUAAUAUUUUAGUUAUUGGUAUGACCAAUCGUUUGGAUUUAAUUGAUACUGCAUUGUUAAGACCAGGUAGAUUUGAAAUUCAAAUCGAAAUUUCUUUACCUGAUGAAAAGGGUAGAAAAGAUAUUUUCAUGAUUCAUACCAAGAAAUUAGUAGAAAAUGGUAUUUUAGCUUCUGAUGUUAAUUUUGAUGAAUUGAGUCAAUUGACUAAGAAUUUCACUGGUGCUGAAAUUGAAGGGUUGUGUAAUUCAGCCAAAUCUUAUGCCAUUUCUCGUCAUACUAAAAAAGGUGCAUUGGCACAAAUUGAUACUGAUUCUAUUGCAAAAAUGAAAAUCACUAGAGAUGAUUUUUUGUUGGCAUUGAAUGAUAUUCGUCCUGCAUUUGGUACUGAUGAAGAAGAUUUAUCACAACAAGCACAACAUGGAAUUAUUCAAUUUAAUAAUACUAUCAAACAUAUUUUUGAAAAAGGACAAUCUAUUAUUGAUGUUGUUAGAUCAAGUGAAAGUGAAACUUUAAGAAGUAUUUUAUUAUAUGGACCACCAGGUGUUGGUAAAACCGCUAUUGCUACUACAUUAGCCUUAAAUUCUGAUUUCCCAUUUAUUAAAAUGUUGUCAGCUGAAACUUUAGUUGGUAUGGGAGAAUUACGUAAGAUUCAAGAAAUUGAUAAUGUUUUCAGAGAUGUUCAUAAAUCCCCAUUGAAUGUUUUAGUUAUUGAUAAAAUUGAGAAUAUUAUUAAUUAUAAUCCAAUUGGUCCUAGAUUUUCUAAUGAUAUUUUACAAGUUUUAAAUGUUUAUUUAACAAAGAAACCACCAAAGGGAAGAAGAUUAUUGAUUAUUGGAACAACAUCACAAUAUCAAGUUUUCAAACACAUGAAUCUUGUCGAUAGUUUCAAUGAUGCUAUUGCUGUUCCUCCAGUUAGACAUGUUGAAGAAAUUGGUAGAGUAAUGGAUAAAUUAGGAUUUAUGUCCAGUAGUGAACGACUGGAAAUUUUAAGUCAAUUAUCUAGUUAUGAUAUUAAUAUUGGUAUUAAGGGAUUAAUUGAUGUAUUAAUGGUUAGUAAAUACUCCAAAGAUUCAGUUGAUGAAGUCGUUGCUAAUAUUGUUGAGAAAAUGAAUGGUUAA